GAGAAAUGGGAUAUCUGUCAGAUAGCGAUGUAAUUAUAAGAUAACACGUGUUUUUAUCAACUUACAGCGAUAAUGUAUUUGUGAUAUUCAUGCAAUUUCGUUAUUAAAAUAAUAAAAAUUAAAAUGCUACCCGCUACGCCUGGAAAUUCUAAGGAUGAGACGCAAGAAACGAGUUUUUCAAGACAAGGCUCCUUAAGGAAAGUGGUUUUAACACAACAAGUACAUAAGGAGAAUUUGUUUGGGCGGCAAAACGAAGAUUUAAAUAAAUUUUAUAAAUCGGUACAUCAAGAAUAUAUUGUUUUAGCGGAGUAUCAAAUGUUACAAAGUGAGAAUUUACCAGGAAUAUAUGUGAUUCCAUCCAGAAAAUCCUGCCUAAAUUGGUUUGGUGUGAUUUUUGUAAGAAGCGGUCUUUAUGAAGAUGGUGUGUUUAGAUUUAAUAUAGUGCUACCAGAUACAUUCCCUGAUGGGGGACAUCCAAAAGUAGUCUUCCAAUCGGAGAUAAUCCACCCUGUGAUACACAACAGCACAAAUGAAUUACACUUACUAGAUGGUUUUCCAAUAUGGGAUAAAAGAGAACAUCACAUUUGGCAAGUUCUUAAAUAUAUUCACUGGAUAUUUUAUAAUUUCAAUUCAAGUCUUGCACAUGCAAUAAAUAAAGAAGCUGUUAUUUUGUAUAAGGAAAAUCAAGAUGAAUACACGAAAAAACUUAAAGAUUUAAUUAAAAUAAACGAACAACAUUUUUAUGAUCUCCCAGAAACCGAAGAUAAGCAUUAUUUAAUUUUUGAACCGUACGAUCCUCAACUUCACGAUACAAUUCGAGAAAAGUUUUUAUUGUUGCCAGAGGAUAAGAAAACAAAAAUAUCCGGAUACUCAUGGGUUAAUCGAGGUGGAUACAAUUCGUUAAUGAGGCCAAAUCAUUUAGAAAACGUACAAGACAAUAGUUAAUGAUGAUUUUUGGUUGAUAGUUUUUCUUAUUGUUGUUUUUCCCCAUUUUCAUUAGUACUUAAACAAGAAUUUUGAAAAUGCAAUCAUAAUUUUGA